AUGCCGCCAGCUAAGAAGAAAGACACAAAAAGGUUUCGAGGGUCCCACACUCUCUGCUGCUCUGUGGAGAGUUUUCUGCCUGCUGCAAUUGGGGCAAUAGCAGCAGCAGCAACAGCAGCAGCAGCAGCAGCAGCAGCAACAGCAUCAGCAGCAGCAACAACAACAGCAGCAGCAGCAGGAGGCGAAGGUUUCAAUAUUCUUUGGUUUAUUAAAUCGGUGCAGCAGUCAGCAAAGGGCCCUCAGAAAGGCGGGGAGUCGCAGGAAAUAUUAAAGAAGAAGCAGGAGCAGCAAGCAAAGAAAGCUAUGCUGCAGCAGCAGAUGCUUCUGCAAGCUCUAUUCAAAGGGUACGUAUUGAAAGAAGAAGAGGUAGUAGCGUCUGACGAAGAAGAAGAGCCGAUUGAAGAGAAAGUAGAGAGAGAAAGACGUGCUCUGCCUCCUGGAGGCACUCGUGUUACAGCGGAGACAUUUGCUGCGUGGAAGUCUAAGAAGAAAGAAAAGAAGGCUGAAGCAGCAGCAGCAGAAAAGAAGAAAGCAGCAGCAGCAGCAGCAGGGCCUGCAGCAGCAGCAGGAUCUGCAGCAGCAGCAGCAGCAGGAAAACAUCUCUCUGGUCGCGACUUAUUCUCUAUUAACCCUGAACUCUUCGUAGAUUGUGAAGGCGCUGCUAAUGAAGAAGAUUAUCAGCAAGAAGAGGUUGAAGAAGAGCAGGAAGAAGAAGAAGAAGAGACAGAAAAAAGAGAAGACAGCGUAGAGCCUUCAUCAUCAUCAUCAUCUUCAUCAUCAUCAUCAUCAUCAUCAUCAUCAUCUUCUUCUUCUUCUUCUUCUUCUUCUUCUUCUUCUAACUCAGCAGCAAACACAAAAACAAAUACUCCUACCCCAAUCAAACCCCAACUCUUCAUGGAGGACAUCGCACCGGAGGAUUUGGAGGCCCUGGACGACUGA